AUGCGCGAUGUGGACACGGUCUCCGGUUUGCCGGCGAGAUGCAACAUCUGGACAAGGUACAAGGAGGAAGCCAAGGCGGCCUUUGAGUUCGACUUUUCGCGUCUCUCGAGCGAGGAGCUGUACAGAAGCUUCAAUAAAGGCAAGGAUUCCGAGGGAGAGCUAGGGUGCCGAGCAGUUGACUCAAGUUCCGCUGCCGGAUUGCACAUGCAAGCCGACCAAGCCGCUCGUCCCUGCACGGAAUCUUGCGUCGUUGUAAAGCAGGGCCUCUGUGAUAUGCCUGCGCAGCCAUACGCUGCUACUGCCCCUUCUGGCGAGCUGCUCUGCACUACACAAGUUCAACACCGGCACCAUCAUCCUGAGGUGUCGUCUCAUCCGGUGGUCAUAACUUACCCCAUUGACGUGCCCGAGUUCGAGGAGGAGUCUGAGGAGAAGGGAGGAAACCAGUUCAUGGUGGCGAGGAGGGGGCUGGUAGCGGCAUUUCAGCUUCUGGGGCGACGUGAGAGGGAGGAGCAGGACGGAGAGGAGGACGAGGGGGGGGAGGAGGUUGAGAAAACUGGGGUGCUGGUGAAGACGAUGACAGAGGCGGAGGCGGAAGUUGAGCCGGUGCGGUUUCUCGACGGGGAGACAGUGGUGACGGUGACCAAGGCGACGUCACUGAUGAAGACAGGCGCGGCGGUGACGGUGACGGGGCCGGCGGUGGUGGUGGUGGAAGCGGCCGCCCCGGACGUAGGGCAAAGGGAAACGAAGGCGCUGGCAGAGGUUGCGGCGGCCAAGCCUGGCAACGACGACGAUUGCUGGACAGAACCGCUUGUGCGCCAACGACAAGCAAUUCAUCCCUUUCCCCUUUCCUCGAUCUUGUCAAAUAGCACCUUGGAGGACUCCACCUCCAGUUUCUUGCGGAGGUGUCCGAACUCGGCAGGCAGCUACACACGUACCCACGCCCGCACCCACACGUGCGCAGCACUGCAUGACGAUGACGAGCAGCCCGAGACCGAGCCCGGGACCCCCCAUCUGGAUCCCACGUCCCGGAGGCUCCCUAUGAGCAGCACAUUUGCCAUUGCUCGAGACGAUCUGGGCUUUACCGCCCAUAAGGCGUGGCCUUCCAAACGCCUGCCGCCGUGUUUUGAUUUUGACAUGCGCAGCCGUACAGGGCCCUAUUUUAUAGUGUAG